AUUCGUCAUGUCGGUCGAGGGUGAAUUUUUCCUAUCGAUCACCGGUUCCAUCGAGCACGCGGAAUUUUACGACGUCGAUAACGCCUACUGCAAGUACGGAUUUCAUUUUGGGCCCGAAUGGAGCGUGGUCGCCGGUAUCGAGGAGGGUCUGACGCAGAUGUGUAAGUGUAGCAGCGACCCUCGAAACUUAGCCGUUUGGAACUUUCCCUUAGAAAUCACGUUCAGAAGCACCAAUCCGCACGGAUGGCCACAGCUAAUAAUAUCAAUCUACGGUCUGGACAUCUUUGGACACGAUGUCAUCAGAGGUUACGGAGUAUGUCAUUUACCGCUAACGACAGGUCAUCACGAGAAAAGGGUAUCGGUGUACGUGCCGGAGUCUUCUUCGACAUUACAACGAUUUGCAGCCUGGUUAACUGGUAGGAGGCCAGAACUAAUUGAUCCAGCGAUAUUGGCCUCUGGCGGCGGAAGAGAACUCACGCGCAUGAGAGUGGAGGGUAUUGUUACCGUAACGUUCAACGCGGUGCUGAAAGAUUUCUAUAAGUUGGGCUACAACAAUGGCGAGAAGCAUAAGAAGUAAUGAGAUUUAGCGAC